AUGCUGGGCAGGAAGAAGAAGCGCCAAGGAAGCAUCUCGUCGGUCGAGGCUUUCUCUGCCACAGGAAUCACCGCGGGCCAUGCCGGCGUCGGACAUGUGUCGACGGCUUCGUCGUCGUCGUCGAACGCGACCACCGCGCCAGGACCUCCUCCCGCCUCCUGGUCUGUGCGCGCGAACGACCACCUCAAUGCCGGUAUGACUCCAACAGCAGCACCAGCAUCCUCGUCCUCAACAUCGGGAGGUGGAGGUUCAAGGGCCUUCAACUACUUCGUCGAACGCGCAAGGGGCGCUGUAGGAUUCGGAUCGAGGGAACGCACCAAGUCCAACUCGAGCGACGACACCUCGACCUUCGCCUCAAUCUCAACUUCGGAGCCGGGCUCGACCUCGUCGCACACGAUCUCGUCUGGAUUCAACCCCACAGCCAAGGCGCCCUCCUCGACUUCGAGCGCCAGCCACAACCCCAAAAGUAGCAGCAGUCUCGAUAUCAAUUCGGUUCCGCUCGGUGCGGCACCCAUGUCGAUCCCGUACUCGGUGUCCAUGCACGAGAUCGCGCCCCACCAGUCACGCGGCGCCGCGUCUUACGGCGCGACGUCGACCAUGGCGACGACGAGUUCGUCCGUUGGCGCUUCGGCAACAUCCAACUCGGCGUCUUUCUUCUCACGACGCACGCCCACGGCAUCGAACCCACAUGCCCCAGCCUGGCUGGCACCGACUUCCGCAAGCGACAGCAGAGGCGGGGCAUCAUACAAACUUUCAACGUCCCCGAGCUCGCCGAAUCUGUCGACCCCCAUUCUCGCGCUCAGUCAGGAGCAGCUCCCCGCCGGUAGGCGAAGGCAAGGGACAUCGUCAUCAACAGGCACAUCCGCAGACGGCGGCAGUCCGGUUAGUCUACGGGUACCGGGAACUGCUCUUUUAUGCCGAAAGCUGAACCCUCACAUAUCCCGCCUCCCUAGCUACUCACGUCGUCUCGGUCGACAUUCGCUCGGUCCAACGAGGAUAUCUCGAGUCGGAGACAGUCGCGCAUGUGGACCGCCGAAGACGCUCCCCCGGUACCGAUGCUGGCUCGCAAGUCGACAGAAGACUUCUCGUCGUCGAGAGACACGCUCGGCGUCGAACCGACUCGGCGUGUGCGCACUACCUCCCUCGCACCCAACGCCGCACUCAACUCGUACCCUUCGUCAUCGAAUCUGUCGACUUCGGCGCCUUCAUCACGCGGCUCGCGGAGUCCUUCCCUUUCACCCCGUCUCGGGCCCAGCGAUAGUCCAGUCCCGCUCCCCUCGUCGAGCUCGGCUCUGAAUCUUUCGCGGCAAGCCGCCGGAUCGUACUCCUCGACCAAUACGCUGGCGUCAAACACGACAGCCGCGACCAGCACCCAUGUUUCGCGCUCGCCUGAGCUCGGCGACCGUCGCCGUGAUUCGCAGACGAUCCACUGCCAAGGCUUCUUGCAACGCAAGGCCGACUAUGUGCCGAUGCCGUCACCGAGCCGACUCUCUCCGAGUGGGACAGCACCGACUAUCUCGUCGCCCGUAGCCACGGGGUCCGGUUCAUCCCAGUCCUACUUUUCGCCUCGGGCCCCAUCACCUCGUUUGCGACCUACCCGACUUGGUGCCGAAGUCGAUCUUCAAAAGGGAUGGAAGCCGUAUCGCGCCAUCCUCAAAGGCUCCAAGCUCUAUCUCCAUAAACCACCCGCGGAUUUGUCCUCGACGGCCAAGUCCAUGUUCCCGACGACCGUACUUGAUCCGCCGUCUCAAGAGCCCAGCCCCAGAACACCGGCCGGAUUCGAGGGGGACGCGUCGAAACGAAGGCAGAGGGCAUAUUGGGGCGCCGGGGGGUCAGCGCACCCUCGGCUGAUGGUUGCAGAUGAGUCGGCGACAUCGUCGAGCAAGCACAAGGUGACCGGCGGUACGGUGGAAGCGAUCACGCACGAGAUCAUCUUUGCCACUACAUUCCCUGUCGAUGAAGGGUCGCCGGCAAGGGUGGGAGCGUCAGAGUCUGCCUACGAUACUUUCCUCGACACUCUGCUGCUAUUCCAGCCGUACUUGUCCGGUCCACCCGGCCUAUUCGCGACGGAGCUGCAGAGGUUUGCGGCUUUGGCGACCCGAACCAGUCAGGAGUCAGAGACUGCGACACCCGCUUCGAAGGCUGCUCUCGAAGCUCGACUCGCCAAGCUCAUCGGGGAUGCGUGCUUAAAGUAUCCGCAAGACCUGUCGGCUAUGAUCGAAAGCUCCGCAGAAUGGCGCGCAACGAUGGACGAGAUCUUGAAGCAGGUCCACACCUUGUCGUCUGAGGAGUCCAAUCCGAAAGCGGACGAGCUUCAGAAGCUGUGGGAUCAAACGAUCGAAAAGGCGAGCAGCUCGCCACCGCCGCUUACAGCUUCGACAGAGUGGGCGUCCCCCUCGGCGGCCUCUUCGGCACCGAGAUCGGGCCCCGCUUCCCUGCCGAACUCACCGACCAAAGCCCGGAAACGGACGCCCGAGUCGCCGACGCCCCCUUCGCCGACACCCGAUGCGGUCAUGCAACUCACACCGCACUCGCUCGUUCAGCUCGACCCCGUCGCUUUCGCGGCGCAAAUUCACGCCUUCCACCUCGAUCGUCUGACCGCUAUCAACAGUGAUCCGCUGUCGACCUCGAGGCUGAUCUUAAGGCAAGCAGCGUCUGGUGAUGCGCCGAAGUGGCCGUCGCUCCUAGACAUAUUCUCCUUUUCGGCGUCGACGCCUCAUUCCUUGACGCGGGUUGUCGUCAAUUCGAUUCUUGCGCCACUCACGCCGACAGCGGCGGGCCCGUCUUCGGUAAUCUACAUGCGCGCCGCCGUCAUCUCUCAAUGGGUCGCGAUCGGCGAAGAACUGCGUCGGCGAGGCGAUGCCACGGGUUGGGCCGCCGUUGCCAUGGGCGUGUGCUGUCGUGCGGUGGCUCGAUUGGACGAGGCGUCGAGGAGCGUCGGCGCCGAGCGGAUCGAGCUCGUGCGACAUACCUGGGCGCCGAUCCUGAGGUCGAUCAAUUUUUCUGACGACGACGAGUCCAAGAUUUCUCCCCUUUCGUUCGAGCCGUCCGAAAAGGGGACUGCGAUUCCUUACCUUGGAUCGAUCCUGGAAAAGGCCGCUGCGGGGCUCAAAGCGUCUGCAGCACAGAUACCCGAACAACCGGACGCUACUCUGCUGUUGCCACUUUACGACUUGCGCGAGGAACUGGGCAAGGUUGACAGUGUCUGGUCACGCGAACCGCCGUCGGCCAUGCAGGUUGCACUCGAUCCGCGACUCCAACAUUUCCUGCAAAGGAACUCUCGUCUAGCCCACCCUGAGAAACCGCAACUCAGCGCAUAUCUGGCCUCAUCGCUCAAAGCAGAACCGCGUCUCGUUGCCCAAGGCAUCAACUUACUCGCCAAACCUCGAUCUGCUCAAGAGCCGAGCCCGCUAGUGCCCCUGGUUAUGGUCGAGCCGUUGCCUCACAUCAGUCUGGUCGACCGCGGGCAGAUCCUGGCCUCGUCUCGCAACCCAGCUUUGCGCCACAAGGGGUCUUACAGCAACAUGAGCUCCAACGCAUCGGAUUCGGUUCACCCGGGUGGCACUCAGCUCGCUCGACGUGCCUCGUAUCCGCCGCACGCUGCCUCCGCUAGUCUCGGCUUGGGCGCGUUCGCUCGACUGCGCAAAGACAUGACCGAUCCCGCCAACACGUUGCUGCCCUUUGCCGAUGGCGACAUCGUCUUCACAAUUGUGUCCAACGCCGUACGCACCGUGCCUUCAACGCCGACCUUGGUCCAAAACGAACGAGGAACGCUGUCGCGCACCUCAAGUUGGAUCGAGUCUCGGAGCUCGCGGGGUGCGGGAGGCCCCAAUCGCAAUAGCGCUCGUCAGAGUCUUACGCCGACGCUUGCUCCGCUCAGUCGCGUUUCUUCGAGGGGCGGUUCGCCGGUCACGGUCUCCCCCCAGUUGAACGAACAUAGCCCAACCGGGCCCAAGUUGCAAGCCGCGAGUGAGGAAGAGCCCGUUCACGUCGUCGUCAGAGCCGGAACGGUCGAAGCGUUCGUCGAUCUGCUUGUGCUCGGUAUCAGCAACUUGCGCACGCCUUCGACCGAUGCUGAUGGUCAAAGCUCACUGACGGGUCGACGCCCGCUUCAACUCGAUGCGCAAGAUUUCCGCUCCGCCUUCUUCUCGACUUUCCGCAGCUUCACCACGCCGCUUGUCCUGCUCGACAUGUUGCGGAAACGCUACCUCGCUGCCCCGAACGCUUCCCUCGACCACGUUAAUCUCACUUCUGAGCGACCGUUCCCUGCGUGGUCGAUGGCGCCGAUCAGCCCAGGCAUCGAAGUCGAUUGGGCCCACAUCGCUUCGAUCCGGGUCAGCGUCUUGCGCAACAUAUCGUAUUGGAUGGACCACCACAUUGGCGACUUCCUCGACGACGACGAGCUUUUUACCUCGGCGACGACGUUCUUGCACUUCAUCGAGUCAAGCGAGCGAGCGAACGCACGGCCCGAGAACGCGCAGGUCUUGGCCGAGCUACAGAAGCUGUUGAAGCGCAUUGGGAUCGACAUGUUGAGGCCAGCUGUCAAGAGUAGGGCUCCUGUCGUUAUGGCGAGCGCGACCCCGCUAUCCUACGACGAGCUGGACGCGAGCCAACUCGUCGAUCGGUUGGACCAGAUUGCUUGUCGGUUGACGCAGAACCUGAGUGGUGGGUCGACAAUGAGAGGACUGCGGUCUAGAAAGUUUGCUCCGGCACUGACGUUCACCCACACCCAACAGAAACGGAUUUGCUGAGGUACAUCGAACAACUUGAGAUCAGGGUCCAGGCCGACCCUGCUUUAUGGUACCCGAGCUGCUCGAUCAAGACGGACGAGGAAGAGCUCGUCAUCGCCGACUCGUACUCGCUGCUGGAGGCGGCCCAGAACGACGGCGCGCCACUUCGACAGAUGCCAUUGAGCCUUCACGAGGUCAUUCGAGCCCAUGGCGUCAUUCGUAAAUGGGUUCUGGCCCACCUCACUGAGCCCGAGAUCAGCUUGCGACUGCGCACCCUUCGGAUGGUCAAGGCACUCGAGAUGAUUGAGAUCAGCCGAUCGCGCAUGGCCAAUGUCGUCUUUGGCGGUAGCGUCGAGGACCAGGUCAGCGUCGUCGACCCCAGCUUGGCCGGCUUUGUAGAGCGAGUCGUCAUCUCUGCCGUCGUCGCCCCCGAGUCUCGUUUGUUCGCCUCGGCCUGGCAAGGCGUCGCGUCCACUCGCAACGUCGUGUCGACGGAUUCGUUGUUGGCUCUGGUGCGCCACGACCUCGUCGUAACCGACUCGACAGCCACUCUGGACCCCGCUUGGCUCAAUGAACGCCUCGUCGAGAUCGUGUCCCAAGUCGACAGCCUCUCGGAUGGCGUCUCGAUCAACUUUUCCAAGCGCCGGUGGAUCUUCAACAUCAUCCGCAAUGCGCUCGUGAUUCGCCCUUCGCAGCCCGCCUACGGCAGCGAUGAUCCUCUGAUUUCGAUCGAACGCAAGAUCGCUGGAUGGGGUGCUUGGUCGAUGCGAACCUUGCGCGAUGCGGCGUCGGGAGAGGGGAGCAAGUCGACUCGGUCGCUCAAGCCAUUCUCACGUCUGGUCGCAGCGCAGCAGGACAAGGUGCGCCGCGAACGGACGGCCAAGGAACUCGUUUUGAAGACCCAAAAGACGGAACAGCAGCAACGCGCAGCUCGGGAAAAGGAAGUCGCCAAGGCAAUGGACAAGUCGGUCAGCAUGCGCACGAGGCGCAUGACGGCCCUGUUCCGCGGCGGUGGCAGUCGACCCAGCUCCGUCAACACUGCUGCAUCGCCUGCUUCGACGCCUUCCAUUCCACCGCCGCCAUCUCCUCAGGCUCUACGCGUGCUCAAGGAUUGGAUGCCUUCGUCCAAGCCAUAUCUCGUGCUCCCCCUAUCCGGAGUCGAAGUGCAGCCUUACGAGAAUGGUCAGCGCUCGUUCGUCUUUGAGCUCGUCACCGAGGAUGGGCAGCGCUCGUUGUUCCAAGCGAGCACGGCGCACGAAUUGCGUUCCUGGCUUGACCAUUUCAGGCGCUGUGGAACGGAGAUCGCGUUCCGCCGAGCGACUUUCCUGGCUCAAACUGCUCUCGCUGAAGAACCGGAGGAACCAGCUGCGGCCAAGUCUGCGACCUCGACCGCUGCAGUCAAGAUCCCCGCCUCUGCACGUGAGUUUUUAUAAUGCUGAAAGUAGACUCUUAUUCCUGCUGGUGUUGACAUUUGAUGACGCCUGUGCAGUCUUCGGCACGCCACUGUGGGAAGUCCUCCAACGCGAGGACUCGACGAUUCCUCGCUUCAUGGACUCGGCGCUCGCUACCAUCACCGAGCGAGGUGAGCUAGGACUGGAGCCUCGCGUUGCUAGGAGCCCUUCCACUGACUUCAUUAUUCAUGAAACCUACUCUAGGUCUUCUCGAAGUAGGCAUCUAUCGAAUUUCGGGAGAGAAUCGCGUGAUCCAGCAACUUCGUCAAAGUCUCGACCGCGGAGGCGACCCGGUGUCCUUGCUCUCCAAGACGGACGUCCACAACGUCUCUGGUCUACUCAAGCUCUUUUUGCGAGAGAUGCCCGAGCCUUUGAUCCCUUACGACCUCUACGAACCCUUCAUCACCGCGAACGCGAUCGAGGACUACGACGAGCGUCUCUACGCGAUCCGUGACCUCGUUUGGCGCCUCCCUCAACCCAACUUCCACCUCUUGCGCCGCUUGUCGGAACAUCUCGACAAGGUGACCGAUCACGAAGAGGUCAACUCGAUGCAUGCCGCGAAUCUAUCCAUCAUCUUUGCGCCGACCUUGCUCAAGCCCACACCUGGCCCGACUGCGUUCGGAUUGUCGAUGACGAAUCUGGGCAAGGCGGCCAAUAUCAUCAAGAGCAUCAUCUUGCAACAGAAUUGGAUGUAAGUUACAAUCAGCGUCCAUCUGGCGCCGUAAUCCACGUGACUGACCUCGCUCUUUUGCCAUUCUUGUACAGCUUCGGAGAGGAGGUCGUCGAGGAAGAGCAAGAGCAUACGCCGUCUAUGCAAGCUUCUCGCGAGCUCGGCACUGAGGCGGCAUCACCCCCUGCGUUCAGAAGCGGUUAUUCAGCCAAUGACUCGCCUCAACAACCGACGGGCCUAGGCUUGUACGACUCGUCCAGCCCCAACGCUAGAGACGUCUUUGGCGCUGCAGAGGAUGGCAUGCCCACGUCGAGUUCGACGCAUUUCCUGUCUGGUCACAGCAUGGCUGAGCAGAAUCUCGCGGAAGAAGGACGGUCGAUUAACGACAUUUCGGCGCGAGAACGAGGCAAGACGAACGAGACCGAGACCUCGCAAGGCGACGGCGAAGCUCAAUACGCCGUCAUCCCCGCUUCUUCAAGCUCCUACCUCGGUGACACCUUGAAGCUCGAUUUCGAAUUCGAACAUACGGUCGUCCCUCCAAGCCCGCAUGGUCCCGUUUCCGCCGCUACGGCAGCCCAAGCCGGACGACACGUCGAGUAG